AUUGCUUGUUCAGCAAAUGGACGACUUCACGCUCUGCGAGCCAAGACCCCGCACGAACGCCAAUGGCCGCCUCGGAGACGACCAAGGAGCGGCGCCGCCACCACUUCGUGCUGGUUCACGGGAUGUGCCACGGCGCGUGGUGCUGGUACAAGGCCGCCACGGCGCUCCGGCGUGCGGGCCAUCGCGCCACGGCGCUCGACAUGGCCGGCUGCGGCGCGCACCCGGCGCGCCUCGCCGACGUGCGCACCUUCGAGGAGUACACGAGCCCGCUGCUCGACGCCAUGGCCGCGCUGCCGCCCGGGGAGCUCGUGGUGCUCGUCGCGCACAGCCACGGCGGGUACAGCGUCGCGCUCGCCGUGGAGAGGUUCCCGGACAGGGUCGCCGCGGCCGUGUUCGUGGCCGCUUCCAUGCCGGCCGUCGGCCGUCCCAUGGCUGCCACCAGUGACGAGUUACUAGCAUAUCUUGGGCCGGACUUCUUCCUGGAUUCAAAGGAGCUCCAACAAGAGAAUCCUGAGAUCAAGGGCAAACCAUUUAUCUUUGGGCCCAACUUCAUGGCCCAAAGGCUUUACCAAUUGAGCCCACCAGAGGACUUGACUCUGGGCCUGAUGCUGAUCAAGCCUGCCAAUGCAUUCACAACGGGCUCUCCAGAUGAAGUGGUCAUGAGGGACGCGAAGUUGCUCACGGAGGAGCGGUACGGGUCGGCGAGGCGAGUGUUCGUCGUGGUGGAGGACGACCACGGCAUCCCGGCGGAGUUCCAGCGCCGCAUGGUCGCGCAGAGCCCCGGCAUCCAGGUGGAGGAGGUCGCCGGAGCUGACCACAUGGUCAUGCUCUCGCGGCCAGAGAAACUGGUUGAGCUCCUCAUCAGAAUUGCCGACAAAUUGAAGCAGUAACUGAUAAAAUAUGAUGCUUUUCUUUGUUGUUGUGUUGUCACUCUGCAGUGUGGACUCAAAGUACCGCUGUAAAAUUUUAAUUAUAUAUGACACAAUGAGCGACUUGAAA